UUUGUCAGACCCCAAAACAAUUCUAUUUCUAAAAAACCACUACUCCAAUCCCCUUUUUCUCUAACUUUACUACAGGCCUAACCCAAAGCUAGAGAGAAUACAGAAUCAUCCCCCCCCAACAACAACAAAAUUUGGUCAAUAUAUCACAGUAUUUAUAACAUUAUAUUAUUUCAGAUUAACCCCAUCAAAAGAAUACCAUAUACCCACUUACGCCCCUUCCAUAGCCUUUGAAAGACACAGAGAGAUUGGGAAAAAAAAAAAAAAAAAAAAAACCAUUUUUCAGCUUCUUCUUUCAUCGAUUACACCAAAAGGAGCUUUUCAAAAUUAAAAAAAGAAACCCCAAAACCUUCCUUCAUUCCUUCCUCGUUCCUCCCAUCUUAAUAAUAUAUCCACACACACACCAUACCUUAAUUUCUAGCCUUGAAGAAACAUAUCUUCUUUACUUUCCGUCCAUUCUAUACGAUUUUUUUUUUUUGUUUGUUGUUGUUUUUAUAUGUCCAAACAACUAAAGAGAUUCGGAGUUUUUUGAUGUGGGUCUUAAAUGGAUACCUUGUUUCGGCUUGUUAAUCUUCAAUCUGAUCAACAAUCUUACAAUUCCAGUAGGAGUACUAAUUCAAGCAGUUCUAGAUCUUCUAGACAAAACCAAUACCAUCAUUACCAUCAACAAGAAGACGAAGAAUGCUACAAUCUUCUCAUGGAUGACGAAGAUUUCUCAUCGUCUAGUAAUUCUAGACAAUAUUAUAAUAGUAAUCCAUACCAUCCUCCUCACCCAUCCUCUACCACCACCCCAACUCCUCCGCUCGAUCAAUUCUCAUUCCUUUCACCUUCACCGGAUUUCAACUUCGAAUUUUCCGGCAGGUGGGCCCCUGAUAUUCUCCUUGAAACUGCCAGGGCUAUUUCUGACAGGAACAGCGCUCGCGUUCAGCAACUCAUGUGGAUGCUAAACGAACUCAGCUCUCCCUAUGGAGAUACGGAUCAAAAGCUAGCUGCCUAUUUUCUGCAAGCCUUGUUUAGCCGUAUGACUGAUUCCGGCGACCGUAAUUACCGCGCUUUGGCAUCUGCUUCUGAGAAAACGUGCUCAUUCGAAUCCACUAGGAAAGUGAUGCUCAAGUUUCAGGAGGUUAGCCCUUGGACCACUUUUGGCCAUGUUUCUUGCAAUGGCGCAUUAAUUGAAGCUUUAGAAGGCGAAUCGAAGCUACAUAUAGUCGAUAUUAGCAAUACAUAUUGUACGCAGUGGCCUACUUUGCUUGAAGCUCUAGCUACUCGCACCGACGAUACGCCACACCUCCGUCUCACGACGGUGGUUACUACCAAGCCGAGCGGUGGGACCGGAGCUGCGGCUUCCCAGAAAGUAAUGAAGGAAAUUGGUACAAGAAUGGAAAAGUUCGCUAGGCUUAUGGGCGUACCUUUUAAAUUCAAUGCGCUUUACCAUUCCGGUGAUCUUUCGGAAUUGGACAUGGCGAAAUUAGAUAUUAAAGAAGACGAGGCACUUGCGAUUAACUGCGUCGGAGCUUUACGUUCCGUGGCGGCGAUUAACAACCGUCGAGAUUUCUUGAUUUCGUCUUUUCGUAGUUUACGGCCGCGGAUCAUCACGGUGAUUGAAGAGGAAGCGGAUCUCGACGUUGGCGUUGAUGGAAUUGAAUUUAUGAGAGGGUUUCAAGAAUGUUUGCGGUGGUUUAGGGUUUACUUCGAGACAUUGGACGAGAGUUUCUCAAGGACGAGUAAUGAGCGAUUGAUGCUGGAGAGAGCAGCCGGUAGGGCAAUCGUCGACCUAGUGGCUUGUUCGGCGGCGGAAUCAGUUGAGAGGCGGGAAACAGCGUCGCGGUGGGCUCAGCGGCUGCAUGGAAAUGGAUUUGGUCCAGUGACGUUCAGCGACGAAGUGUGCGACGACGUUAGGGCGUUGUUGAGGAGAUACAAGGAAGGAUGGGCAAUGACACAGAGCUCGGACGUCGCCGGAAUAUUCUUGACGUGGAAAGAGCAGCCGGUGGUGUGGGCCAGUGCAUGGAGACCUUGACCUUCACUACUUGGAAUUGGAUCAUGGAAAUAGUCCGAUUUGGUCGGUUCGGUUCGGUUCGGUUCAAUGACUUUUUGCACGUGUCUGAAGGAUGGGUGAAUUUCUCGGUUUGGCCGUGUUUGUGGGGGAACAUAAAAAUUUAAUUAUCUAAUUUGAGUGAUUUUAAUACAAUUAAGGUACAUUUAAUUUCUUGAUU